AUGCAUUCUCUAGCUUCAGUCACUCACACAGCCUCAUCCUUUGUAUCCACAAUUGAUGUAACCUUGUCUCUGACCAUGUCAGAACAUUUCCAAAAUUCUUCUUUACAUGGAACUGCACAUUCUCUGUAGCUCUCUCUUCCUGUGGCGACCAAUGCAGCUUCCGGGACGGUAAUUGUGUGCAACUUCUCCAGAGCCUCUGCUCCAGCUGCCACUUCAGCAUGGUUACUGCCCUCAACCUGUGGCACCUCCUUCCAACCACUCAUGGGCAGUGCCUACCUUUACCAACAUGCUAUCACAGCCAUGGUGUCUGGGGUUACUGGCCAGAACCAGAUUCCCAUGGCACUUGCCUCCUAUCCAAGUAUUUCUAAGUGGUAUAUCCCAGGAAGUGCUGAAAAGAGCUCAUCUUCACUCAAGGACUUUAAUCUGACUGUCACUGAACAGAACACAGCAGGAUCUUCCCUAUCUAUGACAUCCCAGUAUGACAAAACUUCUGAAGCCAAUGUCAUGGUCCCUGGGUAUCCACCACUAUCUGCUGCUAGUCUUGUCCAGGUGACACUUUCUCAGAUUCCAAAUCAAGGACAUUGCCUCUCACUACCCCACCAAGAAGGAAUCCAGGUCUACUACUAUGAUCUAAACUCUCUGAGGAGUCUGCUCUCUGGAGAACAUGGCCUCUGCCUGCAAUCCUAUGGCUCGGUGCCAUAUGCAGGAAGUAGUGCUGCUGCCCCUCAAUCAGAAAUGGUGACAGUGCUGAAGGAAGUUCAGCCCACAAAUGUCCUACCAUCAGUCCCUACACCUGUGAUCUACUACUCUGUCAUCCUACUUACCAUCAUCCUUGAUUCCUUGGCAGGGAUGGAAACUUCUCUAGGGAUGGAGGCUUCCUUGGGAUUGCAACUUCCAAGUCAGACAUUUUGUGUGCCACCACCUCCAGAAUUCCCAUAUGCCUGCAAUAAUAGAAAAAGCCAAACAAUUAAGAAAAACUCACAAACUGAACUUGGGGACAUUUCCAUAAAAACUCUAGUCCAGAGUUUUACUGAUUUCUUGCCACUGGAUGCCUACCCAAUUGCCAUGGAGAAUCAGAAUCCUCCACUGCUCCUUAUCCACCAGCUUAUGACCUCCAUUGGUCCUCUGGACCAAGAGGAGGAGCCACAUUCUGAAAAUAUCCAUCCGGGAAACAACUCCCUGAGUCUUGAGGACCAAGGUACACUUGAAAAUGAAAUUGAAUUUAGCAGUGGUUUUGCAGACCUCACUGCACUAGUGGGAGAUUUUCACCUUCCUGAGCUUUUCUGUUCCUUGAAAGACUUUGACCAACCUGAAAGUCCCACAAUAACAAAAUCCAAUGACACCAGAGCCAUCAUGGUGAAACAGGGGCAGGAAAUCACAAGUGGCAUAAAGGGUCCUAGUGAUCCAGUGAGGAACAAUAAACAUAAAGCCUCAGAGUGUCCUGAUGGAUCUCCUGAGGCCAAAAUGCAGCCAAGGGAACUAGAGUGCACAUUAGAAAAAAAGUUGCUCACAGGGAUGCAGACAGGUAGGGCCCCUGUGCACACAGCCAAGCACUCUAUCAGCAAACCACAGAAAUCUGCAUCCAGCAGGAACAGCAAGGCUAAGGGCCAUGGGCAGGAAAAGACCAAGAGGACCAGAGAAAACAACUCCAGGAAAGCCGAGGAGAGGAAGCAGCCAGGCAAUAAAGUCAAGGCCGAAGAGAAGCCAAACAUGCCCAAGAUGAAGCAGAAGAGGAACCAACCUGAGCUUUGCCAAGAGACUUUUAAAAAGCCUCGGAGCUCUCUUGGCAUGCACAUGCUAGAGACGGUGCAUGUUUUCCAUACACUAGGGAAGAAGAAUGAUUAAAAAAAAAAUACUGGGCUGUCUUCUUCCCAGGCCCCAGGAAACUCAGGCAAUACCCAAGAUCCCCGUUUAUGCCCAGCUAUGAAACCAUAGCUGGCAGUUAAGGGUCGUGAGAAAUCAGAAGUCAAAGCCCAGAACCCAGAUAUCAGUAUUGAAGGAGAGGGUCCCGCUCCAUCCAUUUAUGAGCCUCCACCACCAGGGAAGGUUAAAUUGGUACCUUUGCCUUUUCUGACCCAGGAGAAACCUCCACCUCGACCAGCAAUCAAUAGGAGGCCACAGUCUCUGGCCUCACGCUGACCCACUGGGGCUUACCCUGCCGAAUCUGGUCCCGCUAGCUCAGCUCAACCCAUGGCAGUCAACACAUCCCAACCAGCUACUGCCAACCCAUCUUGGAUGUGUCCUGCCAAACCAGCUCAGCCCGUUUUGACCCAUGCCAUUCAGUCAGGUGUGAGCGCUUCUACCCAGCUUAGUGUCCCUCAGAAUGCUGCUUCCGGUCCUGCACCCUACAAAAGAUCAUCUUGCACUUCUCUGCAACAGCCACCUAUUCCCACUGUUGGGACCAAGCCCCAGUCACAACUGCCCAAGCCUCAAAAUCAAUCUCUACUCCAAGACUUUGCCUUACAACCAAUUCCAUGGAGGAAACCCAAUGUUCCUGGGCAAGUAGUAUCAACUCCCAUCACCAAACAGCAGAGGCCAGAGCAGGAAGCCAUGAAGAAGAAGGCUCAACAAGAGCGUGAGAAUGCUGCCAAGUACACUGCUUUGGGGAGAGUGCAGGGUUUCCUUGAGAGGGAAAGAGAGAUGCUGGGUUGCAAGAUUGCAAGCCGGCGUGCACUGACAGCGACCGCGGGGAGGCGCCCAGCAGGAAGGCGGCAGGCGGUGCACGGUGAGCGCAGCAGGAGGAGCGGAGCUAAGGCGCGCCUGAGAGCUUGGCAGAGCCCAGGCGGCCCAGCCGUGCAGCCUGAGGCACUACCACAGGACUCACCUAAAAGCCUUCCUACACCAGCUCCUCUGCAGAUGGCCAGACAGAAGUUCCAGAACAGUACUGUCUCCUGGAACAUCGACUCAGCAGACAAGUUCAUUGGUGGCAGGUCUGCCACUGUUGGUGUGAUGAGAUCAGAGGCUGGUGUGGAACUGUGUUUAGAGAAAUGA